AUGGCAUCGUCAUGCGGGCAAUCUGUGUCAACAUGAACAGCAGCAACCCACUAGAGAAACACUGUUGUGAAUAUUCUGAGGACAUCUUCAUGAAAAACUGCGGCAGCUUUUUCGUGUAUUACUUGUACCCUACAAUAGACUGUGACAUGGCUUACUGUGCAGGUGGGUUGCUUUUUUUUUACACACA